AUGGAAGACGAAAUAUUAACAACGUUAAAAAUAUUAAUUAUCGGUGAGAGUGGAGUAGGUAAAUCAAGCCUAUUACUUAGAUUCAUCGAUGAUAAAUUUGAUCCCGACCAGCCUCUUACCAUAGGUGUUGAUUUUAAAACAAAGGAAAUGACAGUUGAUGGAAACAGGGUUAAAUUGGCACUGUGGGAUACAGCAGGCCAAGAAAGGUUUCGAACCCUAAUUCCAAGUUAUUACAGAGAUGCUCAUGGCGCUAUAUUAGUUUAUGAUGUUUCUAAUUAUAUUACAUUUAGAAAAAUUGAGGAUUGGCUUAAUGAAUUAGAUGUCUAUGCAACAAAGCCAAAUUUGAUUAAAAUAAUUGUUGGAAAUAAAAUAGAUUUGGAAAAGAGAGAGGUGACCAAAGAGGAAGGUAUAAAACUUGCUAAAAGACAUGCAACUUUAUUUAUCGAGUCUAGCGUGAAAACAAAGGAUGGAGUGCAAACUGCCAUGCAAGAGCUUGUACAAAAGAUAAUUCAAACUCCUGGCUUGUGGGACCCGAUUAGUCAUAAUUUAAGACUCGACCAAAAUCAUUAUGAACCUGAAUACAAAUACAAUUGUUCCGGCUAUAGAUGCAAUACAUUGUAA